AUGACAGCACAAUCGCCCACCAAGCGAAGGGGUCGCUUAUCUUCCAGCACCCAAGAGAACGACGAUGUGGCUCUCAAGGCCCGUCGCGAACGCAACCGCGAAGCCCAAAACAUCUUUCGCCGUCGUCGCCAAGCCGCCGAAGCAGCACAGGCCCAGCGCGUCCGCCGUCUCGAGCAGGUCGUCGAGGAGAUGAGCUCCGUCUUCAUGUCCUUUGUCGACGAGAUGCUCACCACUGAAGCCGUCGUGAGCGGACAACCUAACCUUGUGGGGAGCUUGCGCCGCAGCAUGGAGAGGAUUCUCGAGCUAGCUCAUGAGGUCGUCGGCCCAGAGGAGGAUCUCGUCGUGCUGCCGAGAUCGAACUCUCCAACUGAGGAGAAUAUGCCCACGGGCAAGUCGCAUAGUCCCGAUAGUGAGCGCAGUGAGACGACGUCGGAUUCUGGCUCCUCCCUGGCUGUAACAUUGAGACGAAUCCAGCCUGUUCAGCCACCGCAGACUUCAGCACUGACGAGCGCACUGUCGACGUCAAACUCAACGUCAGCAACGUCUAUAUCACCACCGACGCCACAAUUCACAACGCUCCACAACUUCCAGCAACCGUCUCUCGGCAAACCCGUCUCAAUCCCGUCUUUCAACCUUGCGCCCCAAAUCUUUGGCAACGGCUGGCUCGGUACAACGCCCACUGCGCCCAGCGAAGUCGUCCCGACAGGACCACAGUACAACUCGCCCUUCUCAUUCCGCGUCGCCAACACGGCUCUAACAAUAGCAUGUCAACUUCUUGUAAACUCACCACCUGAACACGCCAUGACUCCACAACAAGCUCGUCUGUUCUGCAACACCCUCAAAGGUCGUGCCAAGGAGGAAAUGCUCACACGUUUACGCUGGCUUAUUGGUCCUGGAAAACACGAAAUGUACCGCGUUAUUGAUUUACCUUAUGGACGAUACGGACAUCACGUUUAUGCUCGUGGUGAGCUCAACCCGGCGACGAUAGAGGACAUUGAAUGGCCAUGGCCUACACGACCGGCUGGAUCACACAUCGAUCAUUUCACACGUUUCUUCAGCAUUGUUGGUGUCGAGAAACAGCUUCUUGCGCUAGGUGCCCGGAUGGUCGAUAACGAAACGCUGGAACUCAAUUUGAACAACUCGCCCAUGCCCAACGUCGGAAAUGCUAUUCCCAAACAACCGGAGAGCUGGAGCUUUGUGAAUUGCUUCUCAUUCCCGACGCAGCCCAAGAAUAGUCCCGUGACAGUGCGGCUGAGUGUGCCCGCUCUCGUCUUGUCGCUAGCCUCAAGAUCUUGCUGUUUAAUGCGAGGACCGGGAAUACCCAGAUCCGAGAUUGGAAGUGCUAUUGAAGAAGCCAUUAUCAAGGUGGGAUGA